AUGCCUCCAAGACGCCAGAUUACACCGCCCCCACCACUACCAUUGAACGCCAACGAGCAAGUAUUAGCUAGCCUAGCUGAUCUACUACGUCAGAAUGUUGGCACCUCUCAGGUGGCGAGGAGUGAGAUGCCAUACGAGAAAUUUCGUAAGAUGGGACCCCCGGAGUUCACGGGUUCCACCGAUCCAUUCGUUGCUGAGGGAUGGGUUAGAUCCUUGGAGAUGAUUUUCCGUUACAUGGGAUUGGAGGAUGUAGCCAGAGUUAGUUGCGCCAUCUUCCAGCUGAAGGAUGAUGCUGCCCUUUGGUGGGAAGGGGCUGAAAAGACUAUGAAUAUGGGGACUCUGACUUGGGAGGAGUUUAAAAAGAUUUUCUACGACAAAUACUUUACACCCGAUGUCCAAGCUCGGCUGAAGAGGGAGUUUAGGAACCUCCAACAAGGAGAUAUGUCUGUGGCAGAGUACGUCAAGAAGUUUGAUAGGGGCUGCCACUUUACGCCCCUCAUUGCUGAUAACCCCACGGAGAAACUGCAACAUUUCCUGGAUGGCUUGAGACCCGCUAUUCGCAGAGAUGUGGUGAUGUCGGAUCCUGCAGAUUAUGCCAUAGCACUACGGAAGGCUUUCAGGUCGGAGCAGACCCUGAAGGAUUUACAGGCAGAGGCACAGAGGAAGAGGCCAUUUUAUUCACAGCCUCAACAGCAGUCGCAAGCGAAGAGACAGUCUACUGGACCUCAGAGGCCAGAAGGGACAGCAAAGCCAACAGUGAAACCUUCCGGUUCAGGGAAGCCACAGGGUCAGCAGGCUUCGAAGCCUGUGAUGCAGUUGGAGAAACCUACCUGUCAGACUUGUGGAGGUCAUCAUGCAAGGAAGUGUCUGCUAGGAGCCGGAGUCUGCUACAAGUGUAAGCAGCCGGGCCACAUAUCCUUUGAUUGCCCACAGUUGAGGAGGCCUGGGACAGGGAGAGUUUAUGUGAUGCAGACCGAGGAGGCUGACCCAGACACUACCUUGAUUACAGGCAGAAUAUUGGUUGUAGGAGUAGCCACGAAAGCUUUGUUCGAUUCAGGGGCUACUCAUUCUUUUAUUUCGCAUGCAUUUGUGCAUCGUAAAGGGAUUACUCCGGAGGGUCUGACAGAAAGUCUACUAGUGACGAUUCCUUUUGGAGAGGAGCUGAGUACGGGUAGCAUUGUCCGAAAUCUCAAGAUGGCACUGCAAGGCCAUAUUAUGUAUGCUGAUUUAAUAGUACUUCCGAUACCAGAGUUCGACAUCAUUCUAGGGAUGGAUUGGUUGUCAGAGAAUCAGGCAGUAAUCGACUUUCAGUGCAGGGCAGUCCAACUACGUCCUUCGGGAGGAGAACCUUUCACUUUCAUGGCAGCAAAGAAUUCAAGGAAGCCUCGGUUUAUAUCAUUCUUACAGGAAAGGAAGCUCAUUGACCGUGGCUGCUUGUCAUUCCUAGCCAGCGUUAUAGUGACUACGGCGCUGGAGGGUCCUUCUAUUCCUGAUGUGGAAGUUGUUAGGGAUUAUGCAGACAUUUUUCCUUAUGACGUUACAGGGAUUCCACCGGAUCGAGAGGUGGAGUUUUCUAAUGAGUUGCUGCCAGACACAGUGCCAAUCUCUAAGGCACCGUAUCGCCUUGCUCCUACUAAGAUGAAAGAGCUGAAGGAGCAGAUUCAGGAGUUGCUAGACAAGGGGUUCAUUCGCCCUAGUGUAAGGGAAUCAGAUGUGCAUAAGACAGCGUUCAGGACUCGAUAUGGCCACUAUAAGUUCUUGGUGAUGCCAUUCGGGCUAACCAAUGCUCCAGCUGUCUUCAUGGACCUCAUGAAUCGUGUAUUUCAGCCGUAUCUUGAUCAGUUUGUCAUCAUCUUUAUUGAUGACAUACUCGUUUAUUCUCGGAGCAGAGAAGAGCAUGGUCAGCACUUGAGGACGAUAUUGGGGGUUCUAAGAGAGCGUAGGCUCUAUGCGAAGUUCAGGAAGUGUGAGUUCUGGCUAGAAAGGGUUACUUUCCUUGGGCACAUUAUUUCUAGUAGGGGAGUGGAGGUUGAUCCGUCCAAGGUGGAGGCAGUCAGGGAGUGGGCAGUGCCAAGAAAUGCAUCAGAGAUUCGCAGUUUUCUGGGAUUAGCGGGCUACUAUUGGAAGUUUAUCAAGGGUUUCUCCUCUAUUGCAGUGCCCUUGACUGCGCUGACAAAGAAGAACGCCAAGUACGUAUGGAGCGCGGAGUGCCAACACAGUUUUGAUACUCUGAAGCAAGCCCUCAUAACAGCGCCCGUAUGCGGUCUACACAGAUGCAUCUAA